AUGGAUUUAGAUCUGCAAUUAGUGGCUUUGGUAUGGAGAGCUGGUCAUUUCCUAGAGAUCCCAGAUCUGUGGGGGUCACUUGAGGUCCAUGGACAUAGCCUCAGAUCUUGCACUGGCAGCAAAUGGGGACGCAGCAGCUGGACUGGGAGCAGCAGGGUUUGCAGCAGCUGGACUGGGAGCAGCAGGGGACACAGCAGCUGGACUGGGAGCAGCAGGGUUUGCAACAGCUGGACUGGGAGCAGCAAGGCUUGCAGCAGCUGGACUGCGAGCAGCAGGGGACACAGCAGCUGGAUUGACAGCAGGAUGACCCACAGCCUGAAGAGCAGCAGCAGGGCUUACAGCAGCUGGACUGGGAGCAGCCACAGGAGCCACAGCCCCCCUUGGAGCAGCCACAGGAGCCACAGCCCCCCUUGGAGCCCCCACAGGAGCCACAGCCCCCCUUGGAGCCCCCACAGGAGCCACAGCCUCCCUUGGAGCCCCCACAGGAGCCACAGCUGGAGCAGGAACAGGCUGGCACACAGCAGCACACGGGCUUGCAGCAGCACACGGGCACACAGCAGCUGGAGCCACAGCCCCCAUAGCUGGAGCCACAGCCCCCACAGCUGGAGCCACAGCCCCCACAGCCGGAGCCACAGCCCCCAGAACAGCCACAGCAGCUCAUGGUUCUUGUGGGUUGAGGGUGGAUCAGGUAAAGGAGCAGGUGCAGAGGACAGUGUUCAGGUGUGGAGCCUUCUGGGUGGGAGCCCUUUAUACACCUGCUCAGGACAUCUCCUGGGCCCCCUCUGCUGUCCCUUUGGACUGUGGCUCGCACGGGAGGACUUCCAGGGGACCAGCUACGUGGGGUCUGCCAGGCUCCAGAAAGUGUUUGCCCACCACGGACCCCUCAUGCGCCAGUGGGUGCACGUGCUCACGUGGCUCUAA